AUGCCAUCACCCCAUGCAACAACCGCGCAUGCUCAACCCGAUGCGAGUAAUGCUGGCAUGAGUCAGUCCGACCGCCCAGGCGCUUCUACUGCGGCGGCUCGCCGUGCAAAGAAGCGAGAGCAAGACCGUCGAUGCCAGCGUUUGGCGCGAGAGCGCACCAAGAAUCGAAUAUCCUAUCUAGAAGGCUUGGUCGCGGAGCUGAGACAGGAAGGGACCAACCAGCAGCUUCAGGCGCUGUGGAAGCAGUGUGACGAGUUAGUAGCCGAGCGGGAUGCUGCUAUUCAAUCACUAUCUACCAUCGAACGAUCCAUCGCGAACUAUAGGCAGACAGCUCUGAGGACACCAUCGUCUCGGGGACCACGAGAUUUCGACCAGAACCAAUCAGCUGCCCUGCAAUCAUGUCGUCCCACAGCUGAGAUAGUACCCAACACUGAAGCAGCUGUGGAGGUUGAGUAUGACCCUUCCGACAGCAUGGCAGCCAUGUCCCCGCCGCCCGUACUCGCACCAGAAGUUCAUCAGAACCCACUGAUGGGACAAGAGACUAUAAUCCCUGCUCCUUUAGGCGCCUGUCAUUGUUCUCAAGACACCUCCGGUGCCCCUGUAAAUCUCUGGAGAGCGGCCAACGAGAUUCUGUCAGAGCCACUUCAACUUUCCUUUUCACUAAUGGACAAGGAGAAUUCCCUCGAGCACGAUGCGCCGGUGAGGGCCGUGGUUGAAGGAUGGGACUCCCUCGUGAACACUGCUGGAGGCAAACUCCCUCCAUCGUGGGAAAAGCUACGACAGAUCGAUGAGCUAUUGUUUUCCAGGUGCGGGAAUGUUGAAAGACUUGCAAUUCUGCGCCUCAUGAAUGAACUAUGCCGCUAUCACCAAGACCAGUCGCCAGAAAGGCAGGCUAUGCUCCCAAGCUGGUAUCUUGCAAGGCCAUCGCAAAAAAUAGCCCACUCUUACGCGAUCGACUACUUCUCAUGGCCCGGUUUGCGCGAGCGAUUUAUCUUCGAACAACACCGAUACUGUACGAAUCGAUUUUGGAAAACCUUCUCUGAUAAUCUCCGCAUCCUUUGGCCGUUUGAAUUUCGCGACUGCUUCAGCCGCAACGUCCACACUGGACAGUACAGCAUUUCGCCCGCUUUCCAGGAACGAAUCGACGACAUCAGGUCCUGGACAAUGUCGUCAGACAUGUUCAAUGCCUGGCCGGAGUUCUUAGCUGAUAUACCCGUGUACAACCCCAUUUGUCUUUCUCUACCGACAAGCCGUUCACAUCUCAAGCGGCCAGUCUUACGAAGCCGGGAGUGGCUUGCUGACAGGCCAGAAGCAGAGGGAGGCCACACCGUGCCAGAAGCAGAACCCUGGCUGGUCAUGACAGAGCAUUACACAGUCGAUGGGAGAACAACUGUUGACGCUGAAACACCUUGUAUGACGCUGGACACGGGAUUCGAGGGUUUGGGUAGCCUUGAUGACCUUUUGCUCUUAUAA